AUGGAAGAAUUUAAGCUCAGUGAUGAUGUAUUUGAACAAAUAAAAGAUUUUUCUUAUUGGGAUUUAACAAAUGAACAAAGGUUGUUAAUUGAUAAGCUAAUAUUAAAUGAAGAAUUAAAAAGACAUUAUAUAAAUCAUGGUUUAUGCAAAGAAUGUAAACAGCCUAAUACUUAUUAUGAUUGGUGUAAGUCAUGUAAUGCUAAGCAUUUUCAACAAAAUUUCAAAAAUUGGACUAGUGGAAAUGAAGAAGUUGAUAAGUUUAUUCAAAAAAUACAACUUAAAGUUGAAGAAUAUCAGGAAAUUUUAGAGUGGAUUGAAUAUGAUAAAUUUGAAAAUGUUGAAUAUUUGGCCAAAGGAGGAUUUGGAACUAUUUAUAAAGCAAUUUGGAAAGAUGGAUUUAUAAGCAAAUGGGAUUUUGAAAAUAAUCAAUGGGAGAGAAGUAAAGUGUGGGGUAGUAUGAAAUAUGAAAAUUUUCCGGUUGCUUUAAAAUGUUUACACAAUUCUCAGGAUUUUACAUCCGAAUUUUUAAGAGAAAUUGAAUCGCAUACUAUGAUUCUUUCAGCUUGCGUAACUCGAUGUUUUGGCAUUACUAGAGAUCCGGAAACUAAUAAUUUCAUAAUGGUAAUGCAAUAUGCAAAAGAAGGCAGUUUAAGACAAUAUUUAAAUAAUAUAUUUAAUUCCAUAAAGUGGGUAAAUAAGUUGAAUAUUUUACGAAUGAUUGCAAAUGGCCUCAAUUCUAUUCAUAAAAAAGGAUUAAUUCAUCGUGAUUUUCAUUGUGGUAAUAUGUUAAGAAAUGAUCAUUUUACUAUUAUUACUGAUUUAGGAUUAUGUCAACCAGCAAAUGUAAAAUCUUCUCAAAAUAAUAAAUAUGAAAAAAAAGUAUAUGGAGUACUACCUUAUGUAGCGCCUGAAGUUUUAAGAGGAGGAGAAUAUACUCAAGAAAGUGAUAUUUAUGCAUUUGGAAUUAUUGCAUAUGAAGUCUGUACAGGGCUUCCUCCUUAUCAUGAUAUUGUUCAUGAUAAAAUCUUAGCUAUUAGUAUUUGUCAAGGGCUUAGGCCAAAAUCUAAUUAUAAAAUUCCUCAACUAAUUUUGGACAUAAUUAAACAAUGUUGGGAUGUAGAUCCUUUAAAACGAUCUAAAAUACAAGAAUUAUAUAAUUUAUUAGAUAAUUUAGAAGAUGAUUUAGAAGAUGAUAGUGAAGUCAAAAAGCAAGCUGAAGAAGCAGAUAAAAUUAAUGAGAAGUUUACUUCUACUUCAUUACCAUAUAAUGGUAGUACUACUCUUUCAUAUACUACAAAUCCUCAAGCAGUUUACACAAGUAGGCUUUUAGACUUUAAAAAUCUUCCAGAACCAAAAAAUGCUAUUGAUAAUAAAGAUGAUGAUAAUUCAUUUGGAGAAUAUUCAGAAUCCAUAGAAGCAAUAGAUUUCACUAAACUCAACCUAGAUGAAAACAACUAA